UUCGAGUAGACAGAUGUACAGGCUAAACAAAGGCAAGCCGAAGCGGGGCGGAGCCUCAAACGCGGGGCAGGGUGGGGCUCAAGGUGACGCAGUGUAAAUAGAAACAGGCUUCAGCACAUUCAACAGGAGCUGGAAACUUUCUGAGCAAGUGACAGAUAGCUUCAAGAGAAUCAGACAAACGCCACAACAUGACGAUCGGUAUCGCAGUCAUUGGUAGCGGCAUAUUUGUCCAAGAGGCACAUCUCCCCGGUAUCAAAGCCAAUGGAGAUCAAUUCUCGCUCAAGGCCAUCUACUCUCGUAGUCUCGCAUCGGCCCAGAAGCUCUCCAAGGAAGUUGAAUCAUCCACACCAGACCUCUACGCCGAGGACGCCGGCUCAGACAAGUCAUACGCCAAACUCCUAGAACGCUCAGACGUCGAGGCCGUAGUCAUUGCUCUGCCCAUCCUCGCUCAGCCCGACUUCAUCAAGAAGGCCUUGUCAGCUGGCAAGCAUGUGCUCUCCGAGAAGCCUGUCGCAAAAGAUUUGAAGACUGCUCAUGAGCUGAUCAACUGGUACCACGAGAACAUUGAUACCAAGAAGGUCAUUUGGGCUGUAGCUGAAAACUUCCGCUACCUUGGUCGCUUCCAGUAUGGUGCUGAGCAGGUCAAAGAGCUGGGCGAUAUUCUAGGCUUCCGUCUUCGUAUGCACGCUAAUGUCAAGCCUGGAGCAAAGUAUUACGAGACCGAAUGGCGCAAGACUCCUGAAUACCAAGGAGGCUUCCUGCUCGACGGAGGCGUACACUUCAUCGCCGCCAUGAGACAGCUGCUGGGAGAGGAAGCGAGAAUGUCGCAAGUCGCUGCCUUCACUGCUCAACUGCAACCUCAUCUCCCUCCCAUCGACACUAUUAACGCUACUGUCAAGCUCACGAACGGUCGCUCUGGUACAUUCAGCGUCAGCUUCGGUACCACUUUCUCCGGCGCCGAGUAUAUUGUCGCUUGUCAGGAUGGUACUGUUGACGUCGGCUUCGACAAGACCAUUGUCAAGAAGGGAGACAAUGAGAUUACAAAAGAAUUCCCGGAAGACAAGAACGGUGUGCGACAAGAGCUCAAGGCUUGGGGUGAGAGCAUCUCAAGAGGCAAGGCCGACCCUCUGCAAUCUCCCGAGGAAGCUCUGGCAGAUUUGGAAGUGCUCGAGUCUAUGAUCAAGAGUGGUGAAGCCAAUGGUAAGGCUAUUACACUCACGCUUCAAUAGAUAUAUUGUAUCUGCAAGAUUCCGAUCUUGUAUCAUUACACUACUCCUCGGGCUCCAACAAUCGAAUGGCGCGCGUAUGGACUGACCUCUUGUCGGACAUCCGGCUCGCUACAAACGAUCACUACUUUGUUCAACAUCGCCAGCUUUCCCUAUGAUGUAGGUCGAACAUCUUUCUGCUGCUCACAUAGUUGUAUCGCUCUUUCCCCUAUGCACAGUUACUAUUCUCUCCUCUCCUCUCCUCUCCUCUCUUACGUAUCUUCUAUAAGCUCGGACCCAAAUCCUCGUUGUCAGCAUCAGCUGUUCACAAAACUCCCUCAAUCCCACCCCCUUCCCCCAAAACUGUGCCAACAACUCUCUCAUUAGUCCAACCUAUAUAUUCGGGUUCCUUAAGGUCCCCGUCAAGAAGCAAAAUAGCCGUGGUAGUGUAGUGGUCCAACACACC